AUGGCCCCGCUCGGGGGCGCCGGCCUCUACACGGAGCUGACGCUGGGCGCCUUCGUCGACCUGGGCUUCUACAAGGCGAACUGGGCGGCGGCGGAGCCGAUGGCGUGGGGCAGGAACUCGGGCUGCGAGCUGCUGAGGAAGAAGUGCGCCCAACUCAGUUUGGAUAAAUACCCCAAAAUGUUUUGUGAGCGAAGCGAUUUGCACCUGCGCUGCGCGUCGAAUCGGUACUUCAGUGGUCGGUGCACAAGGAGCAUCGUGGAGCUGUCGCCAGGAGCGGCAGCGGACUCCUGCCCCGUCAUUGACCCCGUGCUGAGCGUGAGGGACCUUAACGCCGUCUUUGCGCAGGGGGCGCAUAAAGCGGCGAGGCCUGGCGACAACCCCUCCUCGUGGUGCCUGGACGUGGAUCCCACCACGGUGGAAGGUGCGAAGGACGAGGACAAUCCCGUCGCCGCCGUGCACGCGGAGGUGAAGUGCCUCGGCAGUGAGGUGAAACUGAAAGGGAAGAAGCGGAGCGGGGAGGAUUGGAUGUCGUGCACGCCCGGGUUGAUUACGUGGAAUAUUCCGCCCUUCGAUACUGACAAGGUGAUGUGCCCCGAAUACAGUGAGGUGUGCACGAUAUCCGCCAUCGGCAGCGGCGUGACCCCAGGGGUUGAAUGGGACGGCACGGAGAAGGAGUGGAGGAGAACGGCCCCUGCGGAAGCGCCGGAGCCAGCGCCGCCAGUGACCGGCCCUGCUGAGGUUGGGCCCGGCAUCGGCCACACGAACCCGCCCGCGAUCCCGCCGCCCCCCGAAGGAAACAACGCCGGCGACGGCGGAGGCCCCGGCGGCAGCAGCGGGCCGGGCAGCGGCGCCCCGUCGACGGGGCAGGGGCUCCCCGCAGCGGACCCGGAGGGCGCGCAGAAGCCCGUGCCCGAGGAGGGCGGGGUUGCGGCGCCGGGGGCAAAGGACAGCGAGGGCGUGCCUCCCGAGAGCAGCCACGGCGGCGGCGGCGGUGUGAGUCCUCCGGCGGGGACACCGCCAGCGGGCGGGGACGCAGCCGACAGGGCCGGUGACGGUGCUGCCACCCCCGCAGGGCCCAACGGCGCCGGCGCGGCAGGCAAGAACGACGCCCCGCCUCCGGCCCACGGCGAUGGCACUGUGGCCGCUGCCGGCCCCUCUCUGCUUUUGCUUCUUGCCGCCGCCGCAGCUACAGCAGCAGCGCAUUGUUGA